ACAAGGGAGUGCAUACUUCCGCAACCUUUGUAGCCGAAGACAUCGCCAUACCGCAGCUGUGCUGAGUAUUUUGAAAACACAUGGAGCUGAAUAAAAGUAACUGGGGCGAUGGCUCGUGUGCGAAUGGGCCCGCAGCCUACUGCCCAACCGUAGAUUUCAACUUGUGCUAUACUAAUGACGAAGUCUCCAGUCAUCGGCUGCAGCGAACGCUGAGCGACGACAUCACUUCAUGGCAACUCCCUGUCAUUUCUGAGGACCAGGGAGGUUUGAGUGACGACACUGGUUGGGGUGGAACAUAUUUGAGGCCCGUCUCUCCUGCUUCAGUUCAAGUCACUGCUCAAUGGACAUUACCGGAUUCUUUUAAGUUUCAAAGAGCUACUUCAGCACCGCAGACGGGUUUGAAUACACCCUCGAAUACCCAAAUUGCGAUUGAUGCUUGGUCGACUCCACCCCCACCACCAUCAACGCUGCCACAGCAACCGCCACCAUCGUCAUCAUCUUGGGUACUGUCCUCUUCGAUAGCACUACUCCAGCAGAUAGCAGACUCGACCACGGUGGUAAGCAACGCUGGCACAGUCGCUGACCCGAGCACACGUGGGAGUCGCGUGUUUACAGCCACCCAGGCCAGGGCCGACGUCUCGGACCCAGCAUGCAUUCACACUUCGCCCGCUGUCCCAUGUGUCCCCGGCCCACCUGACUCCUCCUUCACCGGUGCUGCCCGCUUGGAGGCGCCUGGGUCCGAAGAGAUGCCCUGCAUCCACGAGGAGACCUGUGUGAUGACUGAGACAUUCGCCGCGGAGGACAGUCGACCCAGAAGCAUUGUUGACAACUGGCCAAGAGACAUCUCCAAACCCGCAGUCGUGUUCCCAAACCACAACCCAACCUCCAGUGUCGACAUGUACAUCGAAGUGGACAGUCAAAGCGCCGGUGCUGAAAGCAUAAAUCCAGGGAAAGCAGCUAAGACAAGCGAGGCCAUAUCCAAGAAAAGUUACUUUUUGAGGCGCGAGGACAAAGACAGGGAAGUUGCACCUUCAGAAACUGCGUCGACGGGACAGAUUUCUCGACCAGGCAUAGAAUCUGAGGAAACGCAUGAGAGAGAAGUUCCUGAACCUGUCCAGAAUGAGGGACAAGUUGAUAAACCUACCAAAAGAAGGUACGAAAAGUGUCACGGGAGAAUCAGGAAAGACUCGCCGGAAAGGAAGAGGUUUGCGCGUACACCCCCACCGAUCACUAGAACUCCUCACCCAGCUGCACCAGAGAUCCCAGGCGCUGUACCCGGUCCAGUGCGGCCGGCCUUACCGUCUGCAAUCAAGGCAAUACCUCUCCAAGUUCAGCCGCUCGACUCUCGGCCCUUGUCCCCGAUAUCCCAUUUGAAAAUCCCGGACCCGGCACUUCCCAUCAGCUCUGUAUCCACAUCAAAACCUAAAGACUCUCGAGUUCCAUCUACAACUCAUAAAUCAGGGUACUCUAGUGCACUUUGGGCCCAAACUGUUACAGAUGUACCGAUCCGACCUGUGCCCAUCACCGGCUCGCUACGGCCGUGCAUGGCCUCGACUCACCCACGGUAUCUUCCCCUGCCGCCCGUUCAAUUUCCACCCCAGCCCCUGCUCCCAAUUCCAUUGCCACCGUUGGCAGCGCUGACUGGUGCACCUGUAACUUUCCUCCACCCUGGUUUUCCUGUAGUCUCGGGUCAUCCAAACCAAACCUGCCCACCAUUCACGACUGUAGGCCUGCCUCAUCAUGCUGGACUCUCGGCGGUUACUGUGCCGAUUUUUAAGCGACCGCAGCUCCUCCCGAAGCUGGCCCCGGUCGGACCAGACCCCGGGGCCCUGCGUCAGCGAUAUGGUGCUCCGGUCGCACCGCCCACUAGACGCCAAGCACGCCGGCGGCGGAGCUCGAGCGACUCGCAGCCCGCGGAGGACGGACCAGAGGCGCACCAGGCCCGGAGGAAGCAGGCCAAUGCGAGAGAGAGGGAAAGAGUGAACCAUCUGAACGCAGGCUUUGAACAUCUGAGACGAGCACUGCCGUGGAUGCAUCAUGGCAGACGGGUCAGCAAAGUAGACACUCUCCGUGCAGCCAUUGACUACAUCAAUCAUCUCCAAAGACUGCUGUGGGAGGCCGACACUGCAAGUUAUCUCAGUGAAACAAGAUCUAUUGGGUCCAACUUCCCGACCAAUGAUAUGUGCAAAUAUGUUCACCCUCAUCAGCACUACCCACAGUUCGGAUACCUCCGAACGAACUUCACAUUUGCAGACAGUAUCUCGAGAACGGCCGCCGAGACGGGCAGUCGGCUGGAGCUUGGACCGCCCCCAGCCAAGGAAUACUUUUCCUGAAGACGAAAAGAGGCCACUGUUCGAAUCGUCAAGACCAUUUCUCAUCAACGGCCUUUCUGAGAGCCAACAAAUUUUCUUCCUGUGAGAGACUGCGUCAUUGUGUACCCGCAAACAACACCUCUCUAGAAACGGCUGUUGCCAGUUUUCUUUCUGUUUUUCUCCCUGUUUUAAGUAGAAUUUUUCUUUUGAUAUCCUUCUGACGGAUUGUAUUUUAUUCUUACAGUGCCUUACAAUAUUUAAAAAGAAUCGCUCGAUGGUUUGAAUCGAUUUCUGACAAUCUUGGGCAAUGCAUCUUUAAGGCGUGUUAUCACAAGACGGAAAACCUCAACGUCUCGAAUAAGAGACGAAUGGAAGCUAGAGGUGGGAUGCUCUCAGACCUAUUGGGCGCUUCCCUGUGGUCGUCCAAUCAAAGUUGAGGGGGUGCACCUGUUUUUUGGCAAGGAAGCCUCGGCUUAAUUUGCUUGUUUGCCGCUCAAUGGACAACAUCUGCAACCGGCGGCAAGCUGCCCCAAGGGUCAACGCGGUGGCCACCCCUUGUGGCAAAUGGUAUCAUCUAUAAACAAUAGUAAUAAAAACGAAUCGAGGAGGAUGCCAUCAAAUAUAUCAACAUUUUGAGGGGUAAUGUUAGUUGUCUAGUCACGAGGUUCAAAGUGGUUCAUCGGGAUUACCUUUUCUGGCUUCUUUUCCAUAGACUUUCGUAGGAUCUUCACCCCUUUGGGGUGGGAUCCUCACUUCGGCUUGCUCCCACUUAGAGAAACAUCUGUAUACCCCCUAGUAAGAGACUGCCGAGGGAAAAAUUACUAUCAAAUUGCAAAUAACCUCCUCUCGGUUCCCAUGCAAGGUUUCGGUGCAAUCAGGAACUCUUAUGGCUGCUCGAAGUCUUCAACUUUUUUUCAAAAUAACAAAUAUACAAAGUUGAUUAAAAUAAAUUUAUCUGAUCAUUUUUUACAGGUGCUAUAUUCUAGGGCGUUUUGUUUAAUCGUUAUUAUCCAAAUGAGAAAAUAUGAUUUUUUUCGUCGUCUAUUGCCAUAUACAUGCUCCUGCUUGAUCUGUGCAAAAGCGAAAAACCGAGACAAUCGAAUUUUCAAGAAGUAAAUGCAUUUCUUGAAGUUUUUUUUCUCUUGGCAAAUCAUUAGUAAAUCAUCUGAAAAAGAAAUACUUGUCGAGCAAACUGUUAAAGAAAUAUCGUUUUAUAGGAAUAUUUUCCUUUUAACGCGUAAUCUUCACACCAUCACCUGCAAUGUCUCUCUCUCUCUGUGUCUCUCUCUCUCACAUACCGCCGGCCUGGCCGUAUAUUCCUUUACAUUGGAACGAAUCUUUUAAAUUGGACCCUGAGCGUGCAAUGUACAUGAAAAACUGCCUACUUAAACUCAUUUUCUAUUUAGGAUGUAUCUAUUUGUAACCCGUAACACUUAAGAUGUGAGCUUCUAUAAUGGUAACCUAAGUGGCGAUAAAAUGUGCACAAAGAUUGGUUUUAGUUACCAAAGUUUCUUUAACUGAUCUGUAACAGUAAUCAACAAUAUUUUUCGAUUUACUCUUUUCUAAAAUCCCAUUCAAAUGACGAGAAAUCGAGAGUCUUUGGAGUAAAAACAAAUUGUCAUUGUUUCCAUCACUUGGGCGGAGUUAUCCGAAAGGCAAACUGGGCCACACGCCGACCUCUCCUGUCAGCCCACGAGGUUCGCGUACCCUUAGCAUACCGGCCAUUCCGAGUCGAUGUGUUCUCCCAGCCCCCCGGUAGGACGACAGCUGCCUCGUACGGCUGACAGCGGGCAGUGAGGGGCGUCCGCUGCGCGCUAAAAUGUGACCAAUCGAUUGUCUUUAAAGGGAUCACAUGAAUGACUAAGCAAAUCUCCGUGUAAAGUAUGAAGACAUUUUGCUCUCCAUGGCUAUAAAUUUGGCCAGUUCGGUUUUUAGUAAGAAUUUUUCACUGUGAAUUUAUAAACGGAUUACAGUUUCACCUCUCCUUUGGCAAGAAUUUAUGUGGCUAGUGAAGCAUAAUUUUACACGUUAACAGAAUUAGACCAAUAAAGAAUAAAAUCGCCACCUAUGGAUUUUAGAAAUUCCGUAAUUAACAAAACUUUCGAUCGGAUUGUACGUGUGGUUUUAGCCUUUACAGAAAAAAGAGGGGGAAGGUUGAAGGUUUCAUUCAAUAUCUUUUCUAAUCUUACGGAAAAAUAAAGCAAUGCGUGUACCUGUA